CGGUGAUAAAGAUGGAGGGAGGUACAGACUUUGACCUGCAGGUGCUGGAGAUACCGACGGCGGCGGCGGCCGGCGGGGAGGCGAGCUGCAGCAGCAGCAGCGGAGGAGGAGGAGGAGGAGGAGGAGGGAAGAGUCAGGAGGAAGCAGGAAACAUUCAGACCGGCUCGGAGUCGACGGGCAGUCGGACAGAGGAGACGGGCGAAACAAAAGACUCGGAUAAGGACUGUGAGGAGGAAGCAAAGCAGAACGGCGAGAAGCAGAAAGACGAAGAGGAGGAGGAGGAGGAGAAGAGGGAUGAAGAGGAGGAAGACGAGAAGACGUCUAAGAAAGGCAGGAAGAGGAAACGCAGCGUGUCCGCAGACAGCGGCGAGGGCAGCGCCUCCGACUCUGACUCCUCCCACUCUGACGGCGAGAAGGAGGACGACGAGGAGAAGGAGGAAGAGGAGGAGGACGGAGAGGACAAGCGGCGUAAAGAGCGAGGGAAGGAGAGAGAGAAGGAGGCCCCGGCGAAGCCCCGCCCCCUCCACCUAACCACCUCCCUCUUCAUCCGAAGCAUCCCACCAGAGGUUUCCAAGGAGGAGAUCACAGCU